AUGGCCUCCUCGUCCCUCUUUACCUCUGCCACAGACGCAGACGACCCACUCUCUAAAGCCCUUCAGCCGCCCCCGGACGAGUCCCCUGACGACCGCGCUCUCCGUCUUCAGCAGCAGCGCGAAGCUCAGGCCAUCUCCCACCGCAUCGACGAGGAUAUCCAGGAGUCCAAGAAAGCGUUCGACCGCCGCAAGAAGGCCAUCAAGAUUCUCUUGUUGGGACAGGCAGAGUCGGGAAAGAGCACGACUCUGAAGAAUUUCCAGCUGGCAUUUUCACCUGCUCAUUUCCGAAAUGAACGCGCGGCGUGGAAGACAAUCGUGCAGCUCAACCUCAUACGCUCCAUCAAACGCCUUCUUGAGAUCCUCCAAGACGAAUGGGACCAGUCCGUGCGUCCCUCGCGCCCUGACAAGGGCAAAGGCGUCGCUGGGCGCAGCCCCCCAGGACCGACAGUCCGUUUUUCGACAUCUCCGCUCACCGAUACACACCGCCGGAUACGCAUGCGGCUCUCCCCGCUCAUUUCUAUAGAAGAAGAGCUCACAAAGCGCCUCCUUCCAGAAGCUAACGAGAAGGUCCGCGACGUCUGCGUGCGCGCGGGCAGCGGGUGGAAAGGCGUCCUUACUUCUGUCUCAAGCAAUCAUAUCGAGCGUCGUCCGGGCACAGCGGAAGGGCGAAGUAAGGACGACCCUACCGCAGUGCUCGCUGCAUGCAGAGACGACAUCGUUACCCUUUGGGAGGACCCGGUGGUUCGCGAAGUGCUUAAGAAGCACAACCUUCCAUUCAAAGUGCAUAGCUUUUUGAACGACGCUGCACGUAUAGCGACACUUAUUUAUGAGCCAACAGACGACGAUAUCGUCCGUGCUCGGCUUCGAACUUUGGGUGUGGAAGAGCAUAGAUUUACUAUGGAGAACGGUGCCCUUCCUGGGUCCGAGUGGUAUAUCUACGACGUCGGCGGGAGUCGCAGUAAUCGCCCUAUGUGGAUUCCAUACUUUGAUGAUAUCCAGGCUAUAAUUUUCCUCGCGCCUCUAGCCUUCAACUUAAUGCUUGAAGAAGAUUCUAAAGUUAACCGCCUUGAGGACUCAAUCAUGCUGUGGAAAGAGAUCUGUGGGAAUCCGCUGCUAGGGAAAACGACGCUUAUUCUGUUCUUGAAUAAGAUGGAUAUUCUCCAGGCGACACUGGCCUCGGGGAUACGCGUGAGCAAAUAUGUGCCAAGCUACGGAGAGCAGCCCAAUGACGUACAACAUGUUACAAAGUAUUUUAGAGAUAAAUUCCGUGGAUAUCAUAAACGACUGUCGCCGCAGGCACGAUCUUUUUAUUGGCACGAGACGUCGGUAAUUGACACUCGGUCCACCGCUGCUAUUCUCGUGGGCGUUCGAGAAGGCAUCUUGCGCGCCCACUUACAGAGCGUCAAUGUUAUUUGA